AUGUGAGCGGCGAGAGGGCAGCAGGUGCGGAGCCAGAGACGGACGCGGAACGGGCGUGUCCUAAGCCCAGGCCCCGACAGGAGGAAGGACCCGCGCUCUGCGGCCUCCCCAGGACCCCGCAGCGCCCCCCGCUUCCCUCGGCGGCGCCGGAAGCCGCCGGCUGGUCCCCUCCCCGCGGCGCCUGUAGCCUUAUCUCUGCACCCUGAGGGCCCCGGGAGGAGGCGCGGGCGCGCCGGGAGGGACGGGCAGCGGCAUGGGCCGGGGGCCCUGGGAUGCGGGCCCGUCUCGCCGCCUGCUGCCGCUGUUGCUGCUGCUCGGCCUGGCCCGCGGCGCCGCGGGAGCGCCGGGCCCUGACGGUUUAGACGUCUGUGCCACUUGCCAUGAACAUGCCACAUGCCAGCAAAGAGAAGGGAAGAAGAUCUGUAUUUGCAACUAUGGAUUUGUAGGGAACGGGAGGACUCAGUGUGUUGAUAAAAAUGAGUGCCAGUUUGGAGCCACUGUUGUCUGUGGGAACCACACAUCUUGCCACAACACCCCCGGGGGCUUCUAUUGCAUUUGCCUGGAAGGAUAUCGAGCCACAAACAACAACAAGACAUUCAUUCCCAACGAUGGCACCUUUUGUACAGACAUAGAUGAGUGUGAAGUUUCUGGCCUGUGCAGGCAUGGAGGGCGAUGCGUGAACACUCAUGGGAGCUUUGAAUGCUACUGUAUGGAUGGAUACUUGCCAAGGAAUGGACCUGAGCCUUUCCACCCGACCACCGAUGCCACAUCAUGCACAGAAAUAGACUGUGGUACCCCUCCUGAGGUUCCAGAUGGCUAUAUCAUAGGAAAUUACACAUCUAGGCUGGGCAGCCAGGUUCGUUAUGCUUGCAGAGAAGGAUUCUUCAGUGUUCCAGAAGAUACAGUUUCAAGCUGCACAGCCCUGGGCACAUGGGAGUCCCCAAAAUUACAUUGCCAAGAGAUCAACUGUGGCAACCCUCCAGAAAUGCGGCACGCCAUCUUGGUAGGAAAUCACAGCUCCAGGCUGGGCGGUGUGGCUCGCUAUGUCUGUCAAGAGGGCUUUGAGAGCCCUGGAGGAAAGAUCACUUCUGUUUGCACAGAGAAAGGCACCUGGACAGAAAGUACUUUAACAUGCACAGAAAUUCUGACAAAGAUUAAUGAUGUAUCACUGUUUAAUGAUACCUGUGUGAGAUGGCAAAUAAACUCAAGAAGAAUAAACCCCAAGAUCUCAUAUGUGAUAUCCAUAAAAGGACAACGGUUGGACCCUAUGGAAUCAGUUCAUGAGGAGACAGUCAACUUGACCACAGACAGCAGGACCCCAGAAGUGUGCCUAGCCCUGUACCCAGGCACCAACUACACCGUGAACAUCUCCACAGCACCUCCCAGGCGCUCGAUGCCAGCCGUCAUCGGUUUCCAGACAGCUGAAGAUGAUCUCUUAGAAGAUGAUGGAAGUUUCAAUAUUUCAAUAUUUAAUGAAACUUGUUUGAAGUUGAACAGGCGUUCUAGGAAAGUUGGAUCAGAACACAUGUACCAAUUUACCGUUCUGGGUCAGAGGUGGUAUCUGGCUAACUUUUCUCAUGCAACAUCGUUUAACUUCACAACAAGGGAACAAGUGCCUGUAGUGUGUUUGGAUCUGUACCCUACGACUGAUUAUACGGUGAAUGUGACCCUGCUGAGAUCUCCUAAGCGGCACUCAGUGCAAAUAACAAUAGCAACUCCCCCAGCAGUAAAACAGACCAUCAGUAACAUUUCAGGAUUUAAUGAAACCUGCUUGAGAUGGAGAAGCAUCAAGACAGCUGAUAUGGAGGAGAUGUAUUUAUUCCACAUUUGGGGCCAGAGAUGGUAUCAGAAGGAAUUUGCCCAGGAAAUGACCUUUAAUAUCAGUAGCAGCAGCCGAGAUCCCGAGGUGUGCUUGGACCUGCGUCCGGGUACCAACUACAAUGUCAGUCUCCGGGCUCUGUCUUCAGAACUUCCUGUGGUCAUCUCCCUGACAACCCAGAUAACAGAGCCUCCCCUCCCGGAAGUAGAAUUUUUUACGGUGCACAGAGGACCUCUACCACGCCUCAGACUGAGGAAAGCCAAGGAGAAAAAUGGACCAAUCAGAGAGGAAGAUUGAGGUUGGCGUGGAGAGAUGAACAGCUUGCUCACAGUACCAGGUCCAGGAGCUGAAAAUGUACAUGGCCUCACCAACAUUGCCUUUGUCUCUGCUGACCCUUCGGUAAAAUCAAGGUUAAAAAAAAAAAAAGUGAGAUAUUAUAAAAUUACAAAAAAGAAAGCCUGGCGAUAUUAUCUGUAUAUCCAUUUAUAAUAAAACUUAGAGUUUUCCUGCUUUUAUAUUCAUUUAAGUUCAGUAAACGUGCAAAGAUCUUUCCAGGGAUGGAUUCUUGACAAGUUACCAGAAGGCAUUGUAAUUCUGUCAUUAUAAAGAGAACAGAAGUUGUGAUGUCACUUCCUGAGAGCAUUUGCAAGAACAAAUGUGAUAUUUAUGUCAAAUAAUGACAUAAUGCAAAAAGAAAAGCCAAAUGACAGCUUACCCUUGUGGCUAUAUGCUGGCCAGCGCCUCCAAAACAGGAAGUGGAGAACUGUGAGUCAUUCGAGGGAGUGUGGUGGUGAAAAAGAGGAGAAAAGUCCUUCCAGAACAGUCAUAUUCCAAACAGCCACAGCUGCUUCUUUAACAUCACAUGGCUAAUUACCAGCAGGCAGGGUGGUUUUCCUAAGCCUGACUACCUGGUUUGAGCUGGGGGGCAGCAGCUUUGCCAGUGUGUGAGACAGGCCUGAGUCUGCUUUGUGCACCAUUUAGGGACAGUGUCUUGGGGUACAUAAUGGAGCAAGGUCCUUGGGACCAAGUCUCUGCUGAGGUUGCUGAUGUUAGGCAGAGGAUGGAGCCUGUUGCUGGGUUCCCUUAAUGCUCGUGUCUCCCACACAGCCAGAUUAUAGGAAUCACCUGGGAGCUUUACCAGCGAUACAAAUUCCCAGAAUCUACUCCUAGAGAUUUCGAUUCCGUAGGUCAGGAUGAGGUCGGGGAAUUUGUAUAAUAAUCAAGCAACACAGGUGAUUACGGUCAGGCUAAUUGGGGAGCUGCUUCAUACUCUGUCGAUGAUGCCUCUAGUGAGCAAUGUACGGAACCAAAUGGGCACAGGUGAGCCUCGACCUUGCUCUUGACCACCACCACCUGCAUGGAAAGAUGAGAGGGAUUUGAAGAUGUACUUAUGGACUGCAUGGAGGUGCUGCAACAUUUACUUUCUUACCUGUGGCUGUGAUGUAGGGAUGUCUUCAAGUCUCCCGGCAAGUUUGUUGUUACAGGUGUUCCCCAUAGGCAGUGGAUGCUUAAUAAAUGUUUACUGGUGGUGACAACUUAUCGCCCUGUGGGUUUUACUUUGUCUCUUUUGUAGAAAGCCCUUGGCUGAAAGUGAGCCAAGACUUUAUGAAAAUCAGGACCCUGGGCCAGGCACAGUGGCUCACGCCUGUAAUCCCAGCCCACUGGGAGGCAGAGGUGGGCACACAGGGCAGUGAUACGUGCAACAACUUCUCCCAGCUAAAGAGGUCAGGAGUUCAAGACCAGCCUGGCCAACAUGGUGGAACCCCAUCUCUACUAAAAAUACAAAAAAAAUUAACCGGGAAUAGUGGCGAGUGCCUGUAGUCUCGGCUACUCAGGAGGCUGAAGCAGAAGAAUCGCUUGAACCUGGGAGGUAAAGGUUGCAGUGAGCUGAGAUCACACCACUGCACUCCAGCCUGGGCAGCAGAGCAAGAUUCCCUUCUUAAAAAAGAAAAAAGAAAAGAAAAGAAAAGAAAGAAAAUCAGGGCCCUGAGGAUACCUAGGAUGUUUGGGAACCUGGUGGGGGGAGACUUUCCAUAUCCAACACCCACUGUGGAGGAGGGCUCCCUCUUCUUAACUUAGUGAUUCAUGGGCUCUGAGGAAGCAGGAGAUAGGGUGUUUGAUAUGUGAAGCAGGAAGUUCAAAUUUACUGGUAAAAUAGAAUUAUAUGGCCUAAUGAGUUUUGGAAAUUACCCUAAUUAUAUUUCACGCUGAUGUAUGCUUU